AUGGACAAGGUCCAGUUGAUCAGACAGAGAUUGCUUACAGCUCAAAGCAUACAAAAAUCUUAUGCGGAUAAGAGAAGAAGAGACAUAGUGUUCGCAAUUGGAGACAAAGUGUUCCUACGAGUCUCCCCUAUGAAAGGUGUAAUACGGUUUGGGAAAAGAGGUAAGUUGAGCCCCAGGUUUAUAGGACCGUAUGAGAUACUAGACCAAGUGGGAGCUGUGGCUUAUCGUUUGUCACUUCCUCCUGAGUUGUCCUUUAUUCAUCUAGUGUUUCAUGUCUCAAUGCUAAGAAAAUGUAUAUCAGACUCAUCUCAGGUGGUUGAAGUACAGACUAUACCGCUCGAUGAGAAGUUGUCUUAUGAGAAGGAGCCGAUGGCCAUUGUUGAUAGGCAAGUAAGGAAGCAACAGUCAAAAAAAAUUGUGUUCAUUAAAGUCUUAUGGAGAAAUCAUACCGAUGAAGAAGCUACUUGGGAAGUAGAAAAUAUAUGCAAGCGAAGUAUCCCCAUUUAUUUCAGUCUACAGGUAUGCACUUGUUGUAAAUUCAGGGACCGAAUUUCAUAA